UACAAUACUCCACUAUACUCCGCCUUUGUUGAAAGAGUAAGGCAUCUGGAAUAAUUAGGUUAACAGUAUUAGAUCAAACCAAAUAUUGAGGAAGAUGCCUGGAUUUCCUUAUGGGGACAUUCAGGAGAGCAUUGACACCCCGUACAGGCGGGUGCUGGUGACAGGUGCCACGGGGCUGCUCGGGCGCGCAGUCUACAAAGAGUUUCAGAACAAUGCCUGGCAAACCCUGGGCUGCGGGUACAGCCGCGCGCGGCCCAGGUUCCUCAAGUGCAACUUAAUGGACGAGGAUGCCGUGCGGGGGGUUAUACAGGAUUUCCAGCCCCAUGUGAUUGUACACUGUGCUGCGGAGCGGAGGCCAGAUGUGGUUGAGAGGCACACUGAGGCGGCCAUGAAUCUCAAUAUCCAUGCUUCGGCCACGCUGGCAAAGGAGGCAGCUGGGAUCUUUCUCAUCUACAUCAGUACGGACUACGUGUUUGACGGGCGUAACCCCCCCUAUGGUGAGAAUGAUGCACCCAAUCCUCUGAACCUGUACGGAAAGUCCAAACUGGAGGGAGAGAGGGAGGUCCUGAGACACAACCCAGGCGCGGCAGUGCUCAGGGUACCCAUCCUGUACGGGGAGGUGGAACGGGUGGAUGAGAGUGCGGUGACGGUGCUGUGGGACCGGGUGCAGGAGGGGUCGGAGAGCUGCACCGUGGAUCACUGCCAGCAGCGCUUCCCCACCUACGUCAACGACGUGGCGCGCGUCUGCAGGCUGAUGGCCGAGAGGAGGCUGCAGGACCCAUCCCUGCGAGGGAUCUUCCACUUCUCUGGCAAGGAGCAGAUGACCAAAUACGAGAUGGCCUGUGCCAUCGCCGACGCCUUCAACCUCCCCAGCAGCCACCUUAUACCGCUGACGGAACAGCCUGCCGGUGCAGGAGCCCAGAGGCCCCACAAUGCCCAGCUGGAGUGCUCUCGGCUGGAAUCGCUGGGCCUCAGCGUGGAGGCCACGCCCUUCAGGACGGCGGUGCGGGACAGCCUGUGGCCCUUCCUGUACGACAAGCGCUGGCGGCAGACCGUUUUCCACUGAGGGGGUGCAGCGUGGCUCAAUGCUUCUAAUAGGCUCCCAAACCCCCCCCCCCCAAAACCCUGGAUCCUUUUUAGGUUUAUUCUUAAUUUGAUCUGGAUGAAGUGAACCUUUCCCAGCCCUGUCUCUCGUGUGCUCGUAGAUCUGCAGCAGGCUCCAUAGUGAACACACGGGUCGAUCUAUCACUCCAAAUCCUUAGUGGUUAACAUUCCUGCCCUGAGGAGGGAAAAACUCUGCCAACUUCCGUUGACCGUCCAAGAGAAUCCUCGGCCUUUUCUUUAUGUACACACCUUGAUUAUUCCUUGCGGUUCUGCAAAACGUUUUGGGUCCAGUUCAGUGUCAUCCAGCAGUAUUUUAGGUGUCAGAUUUUGUUUGUGAAGGGGGCUGCAGCAUUUUUUUUCUCAAAUCAAGCUUACUGGUUAAAAGAAGUUGAUUUGUUUGACUGGAUAGGGCACAGAAUUAGGUUUUUUAUUAUCACCAGUAUGUGAAGAUACUCAUGUUUUUGUAGGUUCUUUGACUCUGCAGUUGUCCCACUCAGCAUCAUGUUCUGUAUAGCACACUUACAGGUUAAGAGACAAAGCAAAAACAGAAAGCACAAGUUUCUCAGUUGUAGAGGCAUAUAAUAAUAAUGAAUUCUCUUUAAGCCCGUCAGAUCUGUCUGAGAUGUUCUGGUUUGUUGGUGGUGGCUUGUGGGAAGACAUUAUUGUUAUGCACUAUCUAGAGACGCUAGGGGGCGCCAAAAUACAAAAACAAGCCAAAAUAAGUCCGGUGAAAGCGCUGUUUUCAACCUGCAAUUUAAGCCUCGACUCUGUGCACCUGUGCUCAAAUAUAACUGACUGUGAAUCUCUUCAGGAAUAGGUAUUUGUAAUUCCGAUGUCUGAAAGUUAAACCUGGUUUAAAAAGUAUUUCAUAUGAUUUUUGCAGAUACAUUAAUUUGCACUGUCAGUUUUGUUCUCGAUGAUCGUGGCUCUGUGGGAGUGUUGCUGGUUGACUACUUUUGAUGCUUUGAGAUGUUUAAAAAAUCUUUUUAUGAAAACUGUCAGAAGAGUCAGUGGUACACAUUCAAUAAACCACGGGUGUGA